AUGACGAAGAUGGACAACAUUUUUGCGCCACUCGCAUUUUCCGACCGUCCGCGUGACAGCCUGCGCAGGGGCUAUGUGGACCUCGAGGUCUGGGGUCGGCAGAGCACCGCAUCCACAGGCAACGUCGUGGAUGAGCACGGCGUCAGCGCACUGAUGAUGGCGGCCUUCAUGGGCAGCAACGAUGCUUGCGAGGUUCUCCUCAAGAAGGGCGCCGAGGUGAAUCACGCGGAGCGCCACAGCAAGAGGACGGCCUUGAUGAUGGCAGCGCAGGGGGGACACCUGGACGUCGUGAAGACGCUUCUGACCUCGAAGGCCGAUACAACUCAGGUUGACAUUGAGAUGCAGACGGCGCUCCAUUGGGCGGCUGUGGGUGGAAGAACCGAAGUGGCGCGGCUGCUGGCAGCCCUCGGACAGAAGGACGCCAAGAACGAGCAGGGCGAGACGCCGGCGAUGGUGGCAGAGAAGAUGAAGCACAGGGACACAGCAGCCUCUCUCAUGUAG